CCAAUCUGAAAUAGCAUGACAAACAGACACAUCAUUUUCAAAACGUUUAUUGAUUUUCUGUUGAAUCCACUAGCUCCUCCCACCUCCCUGCCCCUGCAGGGCCAAGGGGGCGUGGCCUCUCAGAGGAAGAAGCUGUCGGCUCCUCGUAUAAGUCUAUCAUUGGACCAAAGUGAGGAUGACCUGUUCGACACACCAGAUGACCUCGACAUCAAUGUGGAUGAUCUGGACACACCUGACGAAGCAGAUUAUACUGACCAUGAAAUAGACUGGGAAGAGCCUCAAGCAUCCCAGAGUGAAUCUGUUAAAGAAACAGUUGAGCCCAUUCCCACGUACAGUGCUCAGGAGGAGCGGCAGGAUUCCAAACUCUGGAGAACCGUCAUCAUUGGAGAGCAAGAGCACCGCAUCAACAUGAAGAGCAUUGAACCUUACCAAAAAGUCAUAUCCCAUGGAGGGUACUAUGGCAAUGGCGCAAAUGCCAUCAUUGUAUUUGCUGCAUGCUUCCUCCCUGACAGUGACAGAGAGGACUAUCACGAGAUCAUGGAGAACCUCUUCUUGUAUGUUAUCAGUACACUAGAGCUCAUGGUAGCAGAGGACUACAUGAUUGUGUACCUGAAUGGAGCCACUCCACACCGGAGGACGCCUGGCUUCAACUGGCUCAAGAGAUGCUACCAGAUGAUUGAUAGGAGGCUCAGAAAGAACUUAAAAUCUUUCAUCAUUGUUCACCCCUCAUGGUUCAUUAGGACAAUUCUAGCCAUCACAAAACCGUUUAUCAGCUCAAAGUUUAGCAGUAAGAUCAAGUAUGUCAACAGCUUAGCAGAACUGAAGGAGCUCAUCCCAAUGGAGCACGUCCACAUACCUGAGUGCAUCAUCAGACAGGAUGAGGAGUUACGGGAAGCAGCAGAGAACUCUAAAAUCAGCAGCUUUCUCCAAGGAAGUGAGAAUCCACAAGAAUCAAUAGCUCAACCCAAUGCAAGCAGUUCAUAAGAGCCGUUGGCUGUGGGUGAAAGAACAGUAUGUCUGUAAGGGUUUUGAGUAUUUCAAAUUGUAACGAUUGCACACUGAUGUGGAUGCAAUAAUCGCAUAAAAUAAGAUAAAAUAUAUUUUUUGUGCUUCGGUAUCUCACAGUGCUGGGAUGAAAAGUGCAGCACCAUAUGUUCUUCAUCACAAAUCACCUCAAAUGUGAUAAUUCUUCUCACAGAACAGUAGCUUAAACCAGCACAAUGCUAGGAUCAUUCUUUGUCAUUCUUAUCGUCUUGCAAAAGUUUCUCUUAUUACUUGAAUUAUGCAUGGGAGGCAUUUUAGCAAUAAUAUAAUGUUGUACUUUUCCCCUUUAGACUUUAGAAUUUUUUUUCUAAUUGGAGCAUGCAUAAAGGGUAGAAUCCCAUCACUUCAGCUGCUCUGUAUUAAUAUUAGUGCAUGCAAGGUUAUUCUC